AUGAGCGGCAUGAACAACAUGAACAUGGGAGGCAUGGGCGGCAUGAACAACAUGGGCGGCCAAGGUGGCAUGGGCCAAGGCGGUAUGGGUGGUGGCAUGGAGGAGGAGGGCUUCAAGGUCUUUGUCGGUCACAUCCCACUCAACAUGACAGAGCAGGAGAUUGGUGAGAUCUUCGAGAAGUACGGAGAGAUCCUCGAUAUCUCAAUCAUCAAGGACAAGCGUUCAAACAUCUCUAAGGGAUGUGCAUUCAUUACCUUUGCCACAAAGGAUGUGGCCGAUGUCGCCAUGAACACCACCAACUCGUCAAUGACAUUCUUGGGAGAUCUCCACAAGCCAUUGCAGGUCAAGUACUCGGACAACGAGAUUGAGAAGAUGGAGAGAAAGCUCUUCAUUGGAAUGCUCGGUAACGCUGACGAGGAGGCCAUCACCGGCACCUUUGGUCAGUUUGGUGCCAUUGAGGAGCUCACCAUCGUCCGUGAGAAGGAUGGCAAGCCAAAGGGAUACGGAUUCAUCAAGUUCCAAUCCAGAGAGGAGGCUGAGGAGUGCAUCAGACAGCUUGACGGCAAGGCUACCCUUCCCGGCUCGCUUAACCCAGUGAUCGUCAGGUUCGCAGAGACCGAGAGACAGAAGCGCAAGAAGCAACAGCAACAGAUGAUGACCAACAACAACCAAUGGGGUGGUGGUGGUGGUGGCAAUGGUUUCUACCAGCCUCAGCAGCAGAAGCCUUUCCCAAUGUUUGGUGGAUACAACAACCAGAUGGGAGGUAUGCAACAACCCAAGCAGCAUCAACAACAGCAGCAGCAGCAGGACAAUGGCUUUGGCAACCCACAUUCAAACCCAUUCAACAACUCUGGAAGAUCUGGCGCUUUCCCAAUGAUGAAGCCAAGAUACCCACGUCAGCAACAGUACAAUGACGACCAGGGUCCAGAGUCCAACGACCUCUUUAUUUACUAUCUGCCACCAUCAUAUGGUGACAACGAGCUUAGAGAACUGUUCCAGUCAUUCGGUGAGGUCAUCAGCGCCAAGGUCUACAUUGACAAGGUUACCCAGCAAUCCAAAUGUUUUGGUUUCGUCAGCUACAACAACACUCAGUCUGCCAUCAACGCUAUUAACAAUAUGAAUGGAUUCCAAAUCGAAGGAAAGAAGCUGAAGGUCAACUUCAAGAAAGAGAGAAACUAA